CCGCUACCACCACCGCCACCGCCACUGCCACCGCCGGGCUCCGGGAGGAGGCGCAGCCGGAGAGGGCGGAGGAAGAGGAGGAGUGGAGAGGAGGAGCCGGGGGUGGAGGAUGGAGCCCAGGGCCGCAGCGGCGGGCGAGCCCGAGCCUGCGGCGGCGGCGGCGUCCUCCUUCCAGGCCCGGCUCUGGAAGAACCUGCAACUGGGAGUGGGCAAGAGCAAGGGCGGCGGGAGCCGGCGGGCGGGGGGCGCGGAGCGCCACACUGCGAACACCCCGUCGCCCUCUCCGCCGCCCCCGGGGAACAGGCGGGACCCGCUGGCCGGCGUGGGUGGAUCCGGCAGCAGGUGGAGCGGCUUCAAGAAGCGGAAACAAGUUCUGGACCGCGUCUUCUCCUCCUCUCAGCCGAACCUGUGCUGCUCGUCGCCGGAGCCCCUCGAGUCCGGCGGCGCAGGGAGAGCAGAGCACGGGUCCGCGCUUCGUCGCCGGAUACGAGAACAUUUGCUCCCGCCAGGAAAGGGGCCCGCGGCCGCCUCUGGAGCAGCCGGAGUGACGCCGCCUGGCGGACGCUCCCCGGACUCGGCUCCUUCUUCGUCCUCCGCCUCAUCCUCCCUGUCCUCCUCUCCCCAGCCUGUCCCGAGGGGAGACCGCGCCCAAGAUGAGAAUAAUCGGCGUCGGGGCCCCGGGACGCACUUGUGCCAUCAAAAGAGCUCCUCUUUGCCCGGCACCGCCUUCCUGGAGCAGCUGCUGGAGCCGCCGCCGCCGCCUCCCGCAGAGCCAGAGCGGAGCCCCCCGGAACCCCCAGCACCCGAGGCGACCGAAGAGCGCGGCAGCAGCCAGGGUCUUGGAGUCCCCUGUGUUCAGGCAGGAGGAGAAAAGAUAGAAGAUGGAAAAGACAAAGCCUCUUCUCAUCCACUUUGGCCGAAAAUUAAUACUGCUGGAACCAGUGAUGCAGAUCUCCCUUCAGCCGAUCCCGGAAUGUACCUGUUGGAUAUUACAUUAAGAAGGGGUCAAAGUUUAGCUGCCCGAGACCGAGGAGGGACAAGUGAUCCAUACGUGAAGUUUAAAAUUGGAGGAAAAGAAGUUUUUAGAAGUAAAAUAAUACACAAGAACCUCAAUCCUGUAUGGGAGGAAAAAACUUGCAUUCUCGUUGAUCAUCUUAGGGAGCCAUUGUAUAUAAAGGUCUUUGACUAUGAUUUUGGGCUUCAGGAUGAUUUUAUGGGCUCUGCCUUUCUGGAUCUCACACAAUUGAAGUUAAAAAGGCCCACGGAUGUGACCCUUACUCUGAAAGAUCCCCAUUAUCCUGACCAUGAUCUUGGAGUUAUUUUGCUCUCAGUCAUUCUUACACCCAAAGAAGUAGAACCCAGGGAUGUGACAAUGCUAAUGAGGAAGAGUUGGAAAAGAUCAAGUAAGGAACUCUCAGAAAAUGAAGUGGUUGGAUCUUAUUUCUCUGUGAAGUCUUUCUUUUGGAGGACAUGCAGCAGGCCUACUCUCCCUGUCCUGGGCUCCUGCAGAGCAGAGCUUCAGAGUCCUUAUUGCCAAAAUGCACAAUUUCAGACCCAAAGUUUACGUCUGUCAGACCUACAUAGAAAAUCGCAUGUUUGGAGAGGAAUAGUCAGUAUCACCUUGAUCGAAGGGCGAGACCUCAAGGCGAUGGACUCAAAUGGGUUAAGUGACCCCUAUGUGAAGUUCCGGCUUGGGCACCAGAAGUACAAGAGCAAGAUUAUGCCAAAAACCUUGAAUCCUCAGUGGAGGGAACAGUUUGAUUUUCAUCUCUAUGAAGAAAGAGGAGGAAUCAUUGACAUCACUGCCUGGGACAAAGAUGCUGGGAAAAGGGAUGACUUCAUUGGCAGGUGCCAGGUUGACCUGUCGGCCCUCAGCAGGGAACAGACACACAAGUUGGAGUUGCAGCUGGAAGAAGGUGAGGGACACCUGGUGCUGCUGGUCACCCUGACAGCUUCAACCACAGUCAGUAUCUCUGACCUCUCUGUCAACUCCCUGGAGGACCAGAAAGAGCGGGAGAAGAUAUUAAGGAGAUAUAGGCCCUUGCGGAUAUUUCACAACCUGAAGGAUGUGGGAUUUCUCCAGGUGAAAGUAAUCAGAGCAGAAUGUUUGAUGGCUGCUGAUGUCACAGGUAAAAGUGACCCAUUUUGUGUAGUGGAAUUAAACAAUGAUAGGCUGCUAACACAUACCGUCUACAAAAAUCUCAAUCCCGAAUGGAACAAAGUCUUCACAUUCAACAUUAAAGAUAUCCAUUCAGUUCUUGAAGUGACAGUUUAUGAUGAAGAUCGGGAUCGAAGUGCUGACUUUCUGGGAAAAGUUGCUAUACCAUUGCUGUCUAUUCAAAAUGGUGAACAGAAAGCCUACGUCUUGAAAAACAAGCAGCUGACAGGGCCAACAAAGGGGGUCAUCUAUCUUGAAAUAGAUGUGAUUUUUAAUGCUGUGAAAGCCAGCUUACGAACAUUAAUACCCAAAGAACAGAAGUACAUUGAAGAGGAAAACAGACUCUCUAAACAGCUGCUACUGAGAAACUUUAUUAGAACGAAACGUUGUGUCAUGGUGCUGGUAAAUGCCGCGUACUACGUUAAUAGUUGCUUUGAUUGGGAUUCGCCCCCAAGGAGUCUGGCUGCUUUUGUGCUCUUUCUCUUUGUUGUCUGGAACUUUGAGCUCUACAUGAUACCACUGGUUUUGUUGUUACUAUUGACAUGGAACUACUUCUUGAUAAUAUCAGGAAAAGAUAACAGGCAACGUGAUACAGUAGUGGAGGACAUGCUAGAGGACGAGGAAGAAGAAGAUGACAAAGAUGACAAGGACAGUGAAAAAAAGGGAUUUAUAAAUAAAAUCUAUGCCAUCCAGGAGGUAUGCAUCAGUGUCCAGAACAUCCUAGAUGAAGUGGCUUCCUUUGGAGAAAGGAUAAAGAAUACUUUCAACUGGACUGUCCCAUUUUUAAGUUGGCUGGCCAUCGUAGCUCUCUGUGUGUUCACAGUCAUACUGUACUUCAUUCCACUGAGAUACAUUGUCCUUGUCUGGGGUAUUAAUAAAUUUACAAAGAAGCUUCGGAAUCCGUAUGCAAUUGAUAACAAUGAACUAUUUGACUUUCUUUCCAGAGUCCCUUCAGAUGUACAAGUGGUGCAAUACCAAGAACUGAAACUAGAUCCUUCUCAUAGCCCAUGUAAAAGGAAGAAAAACAAUCUUGGCUAGCCAGCUCCAAGCACUGAAGAGACCAGCAUCUGUUUGGGGAAGAUAAAAGACAAAGCCCUCAGCCUCAGCAGCAUUUCCUUUCUUUCUGCUUUUUAUUUAUUUUGCCUUUUUAUCAUGAUCAAGAGAAUUUGUAAAUAGUGUACAAAGGCAUAUGUCUUUGAAAAUAUACUUCCAUUGUACAGAAUCAAUUUGAUAAAGGUUUAGCUACUGUUGUGUGAAAGUCGUCUUAGCUGUAACACACUGAAAAAAAAACGAAUGUAAGAAUGGUAACAUUGGAAGAUACACACUUCUCUAAUUACAAGUGGAAGAACCAGAAUAUUAGAUUAAAUGCUCAGCCGUGCUCUGAUUAAAUCUACACAAAAUGUAAAUGUUAACUUGAAUUUAAAGUUUUUUUUUUUUAAUGUGACUUAUUUUUUAUUUGAAUAGAAAUCCAUUACAGUUUUCUAUGUUUUAUACAUUUUAAUAGGGGGAAAAAAAUCCCCAAACCUGAAUAAUGGAAUGGAGGCAUUUCAGUUUAACAUAGAUUCUGACUUCAGAUCCUGACAUUCAUUUCAUUGCAAAUUAUUUGGCUAUGUCUGACCAGGCUGAUUUUAAGCUAAUGAGUGAAGAUACCUUUAUCCCCUCAAGAGAACAUUCAACACUCUGAAAUUCUAUAAAGAAAACUUUCAAACCUUCUAUCAUUCCAUCUAAAAUCUUAAAAUCUCUACAGGACUACACAUAAGUACUGCCAGGUUUAUAAUGACUGCCUAUCUGUACUUUUAUACCUACCAUUAAUUUAAUUUAUACCAUGUUAGCAAAUUAGCAACCCAGUUAAAUUCUUAAAAUACUAGCAAACUAAAUCUGUAUUGCUUUUGGUGUCAGAGUAUGCCUUUGUGCAUCUACAGAAAUUUAAUACUCAAGUGUUGUCACAGAAAAAAAAAAAGUUUGCUUUCUCAUUAGGUUACUGAAAUGUUUUAAUGCAUAUUAUGAUUUUUGUUAUUAAGUGUGAAUUUUAAUGUAGAGGAGAAUGCAGUGUGCUAAGUGAUAUAUAUGCCAGUGUUUCAUUACUUUCAUUUAUGGAAAAAAUAAACAUUCUUGAUAAUAUGAAUGCAUGAAAACCUGUUUUGUAAAAUGAACUGCUUAUGGGGGGGGAGGGUACCUUUAAAAACGUUUCACUACUUACAAUAUAAUCUAUACUUAAAAUUGCAUUCUCAAGACUCGCAUGGUCAUUUUUGUACCUAACUCCCUGGUAUAUAAAGAGGAAAUAUACCUCUGGAGAGAGAAAUCAUUUGGUGAGAAUGUCUCACUUCCCUGAUUUGAUAAGGGAUAAAGCUUGUUGAAAUUGCUGCAGACAAUGUUUUGCACUACUUUAUUAACAGACUGGGAUGGGGGAUUAUGCUGGCUGUUUUAAAGGGACAAGUUGGAAAAUGUAGGAAAGCUAGAAGCAAGAAAUAUAUAUUUCACUCUAAAGAAGGAUGACUCUUUAAAAAUAAAUGUAAGCUAAUCAAAACUGAUUUUUAAAGUAUUUUUAUUUUAAAGAUUGUUAUUGAAUAUUGUUUCUUAUAAAACUAUUUUGAUCUGUUUAUACACUAUGCUUGAAAGAAUGUCAGUUAAAUUCCCUUUCUACAGAAAGGCUUUGACCUCAAUAUGCUUUAUUUAGCACAGGUUUAUAAUGACAUGCUUACGUCUGCAUACUGUCACUGUUUGUUGCUAAGGCAUAACAUACCAUGAAUGAAGUUGAUGUUCCUACAGAAACUUUACUGAUGGGACAAUUUGAAAUAACUUUCAAUUAUACCUUGUGUGACAUCUGUUUUGUGCCGACAGUGUCUAUACUCAGGUGUCUUACAAGUCUGAUAUUUAUGUACCUAGUGUAUAGCAACCAUUAAGAGAUGAUUAAUUCCUGUUUGUUUCAUUGUAUCGAAUUUCAGAUGUUUAGUUCAGAGGUAAUGUUGACUACACUUUCACUGCAUUAAAUACAAAUGAAAACAAUCUUUUAAAACUAUAA